UUCGUCUCCGUACACGCCAUUAUCACAAUUUUUGAACGUACCUGAAAGUAAAGUUCCUAAUUUAGUGGCCCAACAGAAAACUUUAAUUGAGGGAAACCGUCAGCUAAUUUCAUUAUUAAAUGGGUCAAUCUACGGUGGUUCUUAUAUAGAUUUGAAAGAAAAUAAAAUAAUUAUCAACACAAAAGAUUUGUCCAAGGAUGACGACAUAAAAAAUAAUAUUAAGAUGAAACCAUAUCGAAAUCUAUUAUCAUUUGUAAAAGCCAAGAAUUCCUUAAUGGAUUUAAAUUCCACUUUUGAAAAGUUAUCCAUAUUGGCGGAACAAUACGAUAUGAAAGACCUAGUGAUUA